UCAAGCCUCAACUAGUUGUCCUCCAUCACAGCCAAGUUCACUCUUUGUUCAGUGUGGAUUCUCAUCAUUCUGACGUCCAUUGAGGUUUUGUGCUUUGUGUGUGAAGGAAAGCUUAUUGUCUAUCGUAAUGUGGUUUCCGGUGACGUGGUUCGUUGUAUGCAUGCAAGUGUGUGGAGUAUGGAGCGGCAUGGCUCCAGCACAACCAUAUAUGGGCCGCAGGAAGGACUGUCGGUGUGUACCUAAAUCUGAAGUCUGCGCCAUAGAAGUACUUCCCCUCUCAGUCGUCGCCGCCUCGUCCUUCGCUCCAUAUACUUGCAUCUUGGGUACUCGUAUGUGCUGUGACUCUGAGGUCCCACAUUACCUCCAUACUGACGACUACGGUUCCAGUCCUCCAGACGUAGAUACACUGAUGGUGAAAGUUUCUUCCUUGGAACGUUACCACGAUAAACAGCUUCGCUACAGCACGGUUGGUAAAAGAAAGAAUACCAUCUUUAAUCUCGAAGAGCCUACGACACUAAACGAAGAGGAAUCUGAAUUUCUCGUCUCGGACGCUUAUUCAGAUCCUCUUAUUUUAAUAAACUCCCACUUGACACUGCCUAGUGACACUGAAGAUGACACUGACUAUGUUUCUCAUUCUCUAGUAGAAAAGACCGAUAAAUAUCUUAUUACACCCAACGAACAUGAAAAUCUGCCAGACUCUACUGGGGAAAGUAGAGACACUCGCUCAGAGAGUGCUAACGGAAGCUUAGGCUACAACUAUGGGCGCUUUAUCGAGAAUAAAUUUAACUUAUUUUUUACCAGAUAUGCGGAUAAUUCGUCAAACUCUACCCAGUUUUCUGAAUACAGGAACUACACUUCUGUAAAUGCCACUUCAACAUUGCUUAACAGUUCACCAGGAAAUACUCAGAUACAGUCUGCCUCAGAAGAGGUAAGUGUUAAUCUUCCUGACUCUCCGUAUAUCUUUUCUCUUCUGGCUACUAGAUACACUGAUACUAUGGGUGUCACUAAAGAUUCCACGAGUACUAACCAAUUUAGCAUAUCGAGCGAGGACCUUCAGACUUUGGAAACUACAUUGAGCAUCUCCACUGAUAGUACACCAGUGGUACAAGCUGAAGCAACCUUGACUUCGACAGUAGAAGACGAAAGUGACUCGAAUAGCUCUGCCUGUGACCCUUCACUGGCACACUGCAGUAGCAACAAAACACCAGUUGCCGAGCUCGAUGCUGUUGACCAACCUGAAGACAGUGUAGCAAGUAAUGAAAGUUUGCCGCAAGCUGUAUUUAGUAUGUUGGUAAGUUCUAAUUAUUCUAGUUCAGGAACUUCCGAAGAUACUGUACUCUUGGAUAAUCUUUUAGACGUCACCACUCCGCCUGAUGAAGAUUAUGGAUUUUGGUACUGGUUUUGGACUUGGUUUUUUCGGGUAACUUGAGAAAAUGGGGUUCCUUACAUCGAAUGAAAAGUAUAAGGCAAGAUCGUUCAUUGGAAGCUCUGCUGGAGUUUGGUGAACUAUUGUGAAUAUGAAGCCUCUAUAUAAACUGCUUCCCCUCAACUUGGUUUGUAGCUAAGUUAAAGAUUCUGAC